CUGGAAAGCAGGCGACAGGCGGCGAGAGCGGCUGUUGGGAACCCGAGUUUCGCGCUGGCCGCAGCGGCUCGUUUGUGAGCUGGAAGCCGGCAGAACUGGCGGCGGCGGCGGCCUGGCCUCCGGCAGCGGCCCGGAAGGGCUCGUGCAGGAGAGUGCUUUCUGGAACUCAUCAUUUCAAGAGCUGUGUAGUGCUACCCCGUCAGAGAGAAAGGAUCCAGAACAUACGGCCUGGUCGGUGAUAAUGACUGCGAUUAAGAGGCUGACAUUACUACUGUCCUAACAAACCACGUUGUAACCGUGAAUAUUAACUAUGCAUCUUUGUUGGCCUGCAAAACCAAGGAAGCAGAGCAAUGGCAGUUGAAAAAGACACUCUGAUUCCAAGGUGUUUUUCUUGGGUUUGUUCCUCAGAGACCUCCUCUUUUCCUUCUCGACAACAAUGUGGUACCUUUGACUUUUUUAUCAAGAUUAAGGACAUGUUCUUUGCUCACCAACCAGAGCUAAAAAUCUGCUGGAACAGAGUCAGAGACCAUUUCAAUUACAGCUGAGAAAAAUGAAAUUUCCAUUCUAUAUGGUGCCUUGUACAGUGAGAAUAUUGACUCUUAAGGAAACUUUGAAUGAGUGAACAGAGGUUGCAAUUUGUCCAUUAGAAACUCAUGGUUAUGGCGAGUGAUCCAACGUGACCAGAGGGGGCACAACCACACAGGAACUCAUGACGGGCUAUACCAUGUUACGGAAUGGGGGCGUGGGGAACGGAGGUCAGACUUGUAUGUUACGCUUGUCCAAUCGCAUCCGACUUACAUGGCUCAGUUUUACACUCGUCAUCAUCCUGGUGUUCUUUCCCCUCAUUGCUCAUUAUUACCUCACCACUCUGGAUGAGGCCGAUGAGGCAGGCAAGCGGAUUUUUGGCCCCCGGGCUGGUAAUGAGCUGUGCGAGGUGAAGCACGUGCUGGAUCUCUGCCGCAUCCGGGAGUCUGUAAGUGAAGAGCUCUUACAGCUGGAGGCCAAGCGGCAGGAGCUGAACAGCGAAAUCACCAAACUGAAUCUGAAGAUUGAGGCCUGUAAGAAGAGUAUUGAGAAUGCCAAGCAGGACUUGCUCCAGCUCAAGAAUGUCAUUAGCCAGACUGAGCAUUCUUACAAAGAGCUGAUGGCCCAAAACCAGCCCAAACUCUCUCUGCCCAUCCGGUUGCUCCCAGAGAAGGAUGAUGCUGGCCUUCCCCCUCCAAAGGUCAUCCGGGGUUGUCGGCUUCACAACUGUUUUGAUUAUUCGCGUUGCCCUCUCACCUCUGGUUUUCCAGUCUAUGUUUAUGACAGUGACCAGUUUGCCCUCGGCAACUACUUGGAUCCCUUGGUCAAGCAGUCCUUUCAGGCUACAGUACGAGCCAACAUUUAUGUUACAGAAAAUGCCGACAUCGCCUGCCUCUAUGUGAUAUUAGUGGGAGAAAUGCAGGAACCAGUAGUAAUGCGACCCGUUGAGCUUGAGAAACAGUUGUCUUCUCUCCCCCACUGGCGGACGGAUGGACACAACCACGUCAUCAUCAAUCUGUCACGGAAGUCGGAUACUCAGAAUUUACUCUAUAAUGUCAGCACAGGCCGGGCCAUGGUGGCCCAGUCCACUUUCUACGCUGCCCAGUACAGACCUGGCUUUGACUUGGUAGUAUCGCCACUAGUCCAUGCCAUGUCAGAGCCUAACUUUAUGGAAAUCCCACCACAGGUGCCAGUUAAGCGGAAAUAUCUCUUCACCUUCCAAGGUGAGAAGAUUGAGUCAUUACGAUCCAGCCUUCAGGAAGCGCGCUCCUUUGAAGAAGAAAUGGAGGGUGACCCCCCAGCUGACUAUGAUGAUCGUAUCAUCGCCACUCUAAAGGCAGUGCAGGACAGCAAGCUCGAUCAGGUCCUGGUAGAAUUCAUCUGCAAAAACCAGCCAAAGCCCAGUCUGCCUACCGAGUGGGCCCUGUGUGGGGAGCGAGAGGACCGCCUAGAGUUACUGAAGCUUUCCACCUUUGCGCUCAUCAUCACUCCUGGGGAUCCUCACUUGGUUAUUUCAUCUGGGUGUGCGACACGGCUCUUUGAAGCCCUGGAAGUUGGAGCUGUCCCAGUUGUGUUGGGGGAGCAAGUGCAGCUUCCUUACCAGGACAUGCUGCAGUGGAACGAAGCAGCCCUGGUGGUACCCAAGCCACGGGUGACCGAGGUUCAUUUCCUCCUGCGAAGCCUCUCGGAUAGCGAUCUGCUGGCCAUGAGGCGGCAAGGCCGCUUUCUCUGGGAGACUUACUUCUCAACUGCUGACAGUAUUUUUAAUACCGUGCUGGCUAUGAUUAGGACUCGCAUACAGAUCCCAGCUGCACCCAUCCGGGAAGAGGCAGCAGCUGAGAUCCCCCAUCGUUCAGGCAAGGCGGCUGGAACUGACCCCAACAUGGCUGACAAUGGGGACCUGGACUUGGGGCCAGUAGAAACAGAGCCCCCGUAUGCCUCACCCAAAUACCUCCGCAAUUUCACAUUGACUGUCACCGAUUUCUACCGCAGCUGGAACUCGGCUCCAGGGCCUUUCCAUCUUUUCCCCCACACACCCUUUGACCCUGUGUUGCCCUCGGAGGCCAAAUUUUUGGGCUCAGGUACUGGAUUCCGGCCUAUUGGUGGUGGAGCCGGGGGUUCUGGCAAGGAGUUUCAGGCUGCGCUUGGAGGCAACGUUCCACGAGAGCAGUUCACUGUAGUGAUGUUGACUUAUGAGCGGGAGGAAGUGCUUAUGAACUCUUUAGAGAGAUUGAAUGGCCUCCCUUACCUGAACAAGGUGGUGGUGGUGUGGAAUUCUCCCAAGCUACCCUCGGAGGACCUUCUGUGGCCCGACAUUGGCGUCCCUAUCAUGGUGGUCCGUACUGAGAAGAACAGCUUGAACAACCGAUUCUUGCCCUGGAAUGAAAUUGAGACCGAGGCCAUCUUGUCUAUUGAUGAUGACGCUCACCUCCGCCACGAUGAAAUCAUGUUUGGCUUCCGGGUGUGGAGAGAAGCACGGGACCGCAUUGUGGGUUUCCCAGGCCGGUAUCAUGCGUGGGACAUUCCUCACCAGUCCUGGCUCUACAACUCCAACUACUCCUGUGAGCUGUCCAUGGUGCUGACAGGUGCUGCCUUCUUCCACAAGUAUUACGCCUAUCUAUAUUCUUACGUGAUGCCGCAGGCCAUCCGAGACAUGGUGGAUGAAUACAUCAACUGUGAGGACAUUGCCAUGAACUUCCUGGUCUCCCACAUCACUCGGAAACCCCCCAUCAAGGUGACCUCACGAUGGACUUUCCGAUGCCCAGGGUGCCCUCAGGCCCUGUCACACGAUGACUCCCACUUUCACGAGCGACACAAAUGUAUCAACUUUUUUGUCAAGGUGUAUGGCUAUAUGCCCCUGUUGUACACUCAGUUUAGGGUGGACUCUGUACUCUUCAAGACUCGCCUGCCCCAUGACAAGACCAAGUGCUUCAAGUUCAUCUAGGGGCAUUGCACGUUUUGAGGAGAGGGACGGGCAGUGAGGAAGAUGGCUCCUAAGGUUCCUGGGUGUUGAAGGACCUUGGGGCCAUCCGCUGGCUGGGCGGCCCAGACCUGCUCUUGGGAGAGCUGGCAGGAAGAGUGGAGGCGAGAGCUGCCUGCACCACCUUGGGCCCAGGCAGAUUGGAAGCUGCUCCACUGGAACCCUGUGGAAAAGGCACGGGUUCCCUCUACAGGGCACUGACUGAUAGCUUACACUGAGGACAUGGGGACUUUGGACAGUCACUCACGUAGUUCAUAAGCCCAGGACAGCUGGCUCGUGGUUUUAGCUUCAAUAACAACUAUUAUUAUUAUUUAAAAAGAAAAGGUUUCAGAUUUGCCAACAAGGCUUAUUUAUAUAUGUGUGUUUGUGUGUGUACAUGUCUGUAUAUACGCACGUACACUCAUACUCACAUACACAUACAUAUAUAUAUACAUAUAUAUAUUUUUUUUCUUUUUGUGAGGAUGGAGUUCAAGAUUCUCGCCUAUCUCACUAAGUGAGGGACAACAUCCAGCUCUUGAUGGUGUGGAUUUCCGUGGGGAUGGUGCCUCGCCUUGUGUUAUCUGGCUUGUCCCUUGGGAGGAUCUUUGCAGAAACAAGAAAGGGGUGAGCCUGGCCCUGGCCUGGUGCCUCUGGUGGGAUUAGAUCUGUCCCUGUCCUGUUCCUUCCCUUUCCUGUGACUAAUCAGUGGCCUAACACAGCUUCUCUCACCUGGAUCCUCGGUGAGGGCCCUACCUUUGUGAGCCACUGAGCUUCCUUUUGCCGGACUCUUGUUUUGAGGACUCAGCAUCAGGUGCUGCUUGUCCCUGUACUUGGUGCAGUGGGCCAAGCAUUGGGUUGCUAACCCUAAGGUCAUUGGUUCAAGCCUACCAGCCUCUCCGCAGGAGAAAGAAAGGGCUGUCUGCACCCAUAAAGAUUGACGACCUUGGUAACCCACAGCCAUUUUGCUGUGGUGUCCAGUAGGACCACUGUGGGUCAGACUCAGCUCAGUGGCAGUGGGUUUGGUUUUUAGUUAGUUUUGUCCCAGUACUUAUCCCUGCUGCCCAUUCCCUCCCUGGGAAGAGGAUGAGGACGCAAAGAGUGAGGAACGCGUAAGUCCUGCAGACUGCACUCGGACUGAAAUGACAUGUUUGUCUUCCCCUCCCAUUUAAGAGCAGGUUGUGGAUUAGGCUUCAGGCUUCCCUGCAGUGCUGCCUCCUGGAUACGAGGACAGGAAGACUGGUCUGUAGGCUGGCCUCUUUGCUUUGGCAUUGAACAACCAAGCAUCCUUUAAGGUUCCCCACCCGGCUGGCUGGGAACUCUCACAGCAAGGCACCUGCCUUGGGAUUAAUACCUUGGUGAAAUUCACCAUCCUCUCUACUUUUGUCUGGGCCCAUGUGCUGUCACUUGUAUUAUUAUUUUUUUGGACUCCUAAUGCCAGGGUGGCCCCAGGACCUCUUUGAGACUCAGUAUGUGCCAGAAAUACACGGAGUACUAUGGUUUGCUAGGUAAGCACGACACCAGUCUGGGAAUUGACACCCCACUUUGCCAUCUCCCAUCUGGUUUAAAUUUCUGUUACUUGGACUGAAACAGAAAUCUCAUGUUUUGGUGGUGGUGGUGGUGGUGCAAAGGGAACCCAGGGAGGGAGUGAAUGGCAUUUUUCAGUGGCAGGUGGGGGGCGAUUAGCACAUGAUUUCCCCUGUUUUCCUAGAGCCCAAGUACUUCCAAUGGCAUUGAGCAUAGGAGGUUUGCAGCAGGUGAGUUAAACUGCUCGGGAUUGCCCUGGUCGAGCAAUGCCUUAAGCUACUAGUUCUGUUGUCUUCCCUGGGCCUGACAGCCUGUGCUGCUGUCUGGGGUUACAUCCGCCCCUUAGCUGGCCGGCACCAGAUUCUCACGAAAUACUGCUUUGAAGCCAGGCGUUUUCUUGUGGCUACUACCCACUGUAGGCUGAGCCUGGCUCUCAGGAAGUCCCCUCAGCAGGAAGGAGCAAGGCUACUCCUAAGGCCACGAUGGUCUCUGCUGAGCCUUCCCUGGGCAGCUUGUAGCCUCCUGCCUGAGGCAAGCACUUACACAUCUCAGCAGCGCAGCCCAAAGGUCCGAACUGCCUGCUCUCUAACUUACUAAUUACUCUUUCCUUGAGGUCUGAGCUUGUCUUUUUUAGCAGUGGCUGUCCCUCCCGGGAGCCAAGGAGAGCAGUGUUUUGAGCUGGCUCCUAGGCUGCUGUUUUAUUUUGUUUGUUUCAAUGUGAGGAACUCAUUAACUGACUGUCAGUGGGACCUCGUGAGGGAUGUUGGUCUGAAUGUAAAGAUCCGGUACGUGGAGCCUGGCUACUGGGUCCCUGAUUGUUACUGGCCCAUCCAUGAACUGCUGGAGGCUCAGAGGCUACUGACAGAAAGGUGUGCCACAGGUAGUGUGGGGACGGAAGGAUAGCACUUUCAGGGCUUGAAAGAGACACUAACUCCCAGGCCUACCCAGGCCCUGGGAACCCAGCCUGUGUUCUUACAGGACACGCCGCAGCAUGAGCCUGGGCACUCAGGCCUUGCAGGCUGCUUGACUAGGUGCCCCUGAGAGUGGCUACCACUCCACCAAGUGGACGAGGAUGAGUCCCAGUGCCAUGCUGGCCACCAUGGAGAACCCAGCGUCACCUACACCUAAGUGUGACUCACCUGAAAUAGGAACCAGCUCAGUCCACCCACGUGGGUUUCAGUGGCUGUACACGGGAGAAGAGACCUGGUGGCCCAGGCGUAGCCUUGGUCUUUGCUCGCCGGUUUGUUUCAGCCUCCCAGGUCUCCGCGUGCCAUCCUGAGUGUUUGGAUCCACACCUGGCCUGCACUGCAGCGAGCUGAGCCCAGCAUUGCUGCCCGGAGGGAGGGGCGGUCUCGGCAGCAGCUGCUUGGUGUGUGCUCGGGGGCUUCAGGUCUAGCAGGGGAGCAGCUCUCUGGUAUCCACACCAUAUCCCUCCCAGCCUUCCCCCUUUCCAGUCAUGAGCACAAUGGUUUUACGUUGGAUUUUUGUUAAAAAAAAAAAGAAAUAAAUGGAGACUUUAAAUCAA